AAUGAGGGCUUCUCAGAAGAUCAGGGAGCCGCCAUUUCAUACUUCACCACACCCAUGAAGUAGACGAGAUUUGUAGGGUCGUGCGUAUUGCUUGUGUACGGUGGGUUUGAAGGGUUCGUGUAAACGGACCCUAGUACAAGGAAAAAUCAAGCUGGAACUGAUGGAAUUAGAGAAUAUCGUUGCUAACACCGUAUAUCUGAAAGCUAGAGAAGGUGGCGCUGACAGCAACAAAGGAAGGAGUAAAAAAUGGAAGAAGAUAUUACAGUUUCCACACAUAUCACAUUGUAUAGAUAUAAAAACCAGAAUAGAUGUUCAAUACAAUUACGUUGUUGAACAACAACCAAUAGGACGGCUCCUAUAUCGACAGUACUGCGAAACCAAGCCUCAUUAUCGGAAAUGUAACGACUUCUUAGACGAAGUGGCAAAUUAUGAAGUGACUCUGGAUGAGUAUAGACAAGAAGUUGCUCAAGAUGUCUUUUCCAAAUACCUCACACCCGAGUCCAGCGAAUAUGUUGAUGUAGUCAAUGAAGACCGGAUUGAAAGAUGCAAAGAAAACCUACAGACAGCCAGCAAAGAACUAUUUUUUGAAUGUGCCAGUGCAGUGAAAGAUUACCUAGCUGGACAACCAUUUCAGGAGUUUGAGAACAGCAUGUACUUCCUCCGAUACCUUCAGUGGAAAUGGUUAGAAAGCCAACCAGUGACAGCCAAAACUUUCCGAAUGUACAGAGUGUUGGGAAAAGGUGGGUUUGGAGAAGUGUGUGCUUGCCAGGUGCGUUCUACGGGGAAGAUGUAUGCAUGUAAAAAGUUAGAGAAGAAGCGUUUGAAAAAGAGGAGAGGAGAGUCUAUGGUUCUCACAGAAAAGCAGGUUCUUCAGAAAGUCAACUCGAGGUUUGUGGUUAGUUUGGCCUAUGCAUACGAGACAAAAGAUGCUCUUUGUCUUAUCCUAACGAUCAUGAAUGGGGGAGAUCUGAAGUUCCACAUCUACAAUAUGGGCCGAGAACCGGGGUUUCACGCGGACAGGGCAAGGUUUUAUGCUGCUGAAGUGACUCAAGGGCUGGAACACUUGCAUACACACGGGAUUGUUUAUAGGGACCUAAAGCCAGAGAAUAUACUUCUUGACGACCAUGGUCACGUAAGGAUAUCCGAUCUUGGUUUAGCUGUAGAGAUUCCAGAAGGAGAGACAGUUAAAGGGAGGGUUGGCACAGUAGGAUAUAUGGCUCCUGAAGUGAUAGACAAUGAAAGGUAUACCUACAGUCCUGACUGGUUCAGCUUGGGUUGUCUUAUUUAUGAAAUGAUAGAAGGACGGGCACCAUUUCGGGCUAGGAAGGAAAAAGUUAAACGAGAAGAGGUGGAGAGGAGAGUGAAAGAAGAUGCAGAAAAAUAUUUCAGCAAAUUUCGAGAAGAAUCCAAGGCAAUCUGUCAAGCUCUGCUCAAAAAAAAUCCAAAGGAGAGGCUAGGAUGCAACAGUGGAAGAUAUGGUGCACAAGAGUUGAAACAGCACCUUUUCUUUCAGUGUAUCAAUUGGAAAAGAUUAGAGGCAGGAAUGCUCGAUCCACCUUUCGUACCUGAUCCUCAUGCUGUGUAUGCCAAAGAUGUGUUGGAUAUCGAGCAGUUUUCCACUGUUAAGGGUGUCAACUUGGAUGCUGCAGAUAGUACCUUCUACGGUCGUUUCAACACCGGCUGUGUCUCCAUACCUUGGCAGUGGGAGAUGAUAGAAACAGAAUGUUUCCAAGAACUUAACCAGUUUGGCCCUAAUGAAACCCCUUCUCCUGACCUCCUGAUUGACCAACCUCCUCCAGCUGAGUCGCAAGGUUGUUUUCCAUUUAGGAAAAAAGAAAGAAAAAAUAUGGCCAAGACAACAAAAUCUAGCAGUAACUUUCAAUUCUCGUCCUCAGACGCCCCUAACUCUUCUAGUGGCGACCCUACGACAACUUUCGCCUCAGGUCAAGAAAAUGCUUUCCGUGCCAGCUGAGGAGCAUCUGGCUCUUAACACAAGGCAUUCCCUGUCACAUACAAAAGCAGUGCCAAUUGUUACCAGGGUGACUUUUGUGUUGCGGGUAUCCCGUGAGUUAUGACGUAAAUCAGAAUUGUAGUUUCCCUGUUGUCUGACUUCCAGACUUUGUUAUAUCUUUUCCAUUAAUGGUGUAUUCUGUACCUGAUCCUCCCCAGCUCACAAAGAGAUCAUAAUACUCCACUAAUUUUGUCUAAUCAAGUAUUGUGAUAAAUGUGAACUCUGUAUAUAAGUCAGCAACCCUCAAGAUCAAUUAUUACAUGGUCACCUUGAGUACAGUUUUUAUCCCCAGAUGGUUUCAGUUUUCGUUUUUGUAAAGAGGAUCAAAUAUUUGUAUUUUUAUGUAAAUACAUAAACAUUUGGUUAAAAUAGUGUGUUUUAGUGCUAAUCCCACUCUUUUUUCUUAUAUUUUGUGAUUUAGCAAUAUGAAACAUUCAUGUACAUCAUAACUUCAGCCCCUGGAAAUAGAUAUAAACCCCUUCCCACUAAUCACGUUGUUUUGUUCUUCCACCUAACAUGCGAAUAAUCUUGUUAUUUCAGUAGGAACUAAUACAAUGUCGCUGUUAUUAUGUACUAAAGUUAGUUUAUAAUCAUGUUUUAUGAUAUUUUGAUUCAUACAAUAUCAUUUUUUUUAAUAUCCUAUUCUAAUUAUUUAUGAAGUUUGAUUUGAUUUAAAGGAACUGAACAAAUAAAAGACAGUGCUAUCUUGAGAGAUGGAAAGGUAUUGUGAUUAGUCAGUUUGUGAGGGUGAUAAAAAAA